UUUCCUUGUUAUUUAUAUUAAUAUUAGUGUAUUUCAUAUACCUAACAAUUGUAUUAAAUAUUAUUUGUUCUUUUUAAACCAUUCAUAAGAAAGUAAGAAAACGAAAGUAUAGGUCAAAGAUCAAGCAGGGGUGGGGUUGAAUAACAUUUCAUUUUUAAAUGCAUCCUUGAGGUGUAUAAUCUGUUCGUGCAGUAGUGUGAGUGAUAUCUGAAAGUUUGUUUUCUGGAAACUUGUAAUAUGCUAAGAUCAUUGUUUUUUUUUUCUUCAUAAAUGUGAUACCACACACUCAGUGCUUUUGUACCGUACGGAGAAAACGUCUCGAUUCAGCAUUCUGUGAUAGUUGUAUUAAACUUUGUGCUGUGAGCCCGUGACACGUGACAGACAUAUUUUUGCCCAAGAACAAAAAACGAAUUUUCUUUCUACAAUGGGAGGAAAGUUGACAGAGAAAGACAUGGACCAGCUGGAACAAUGGAUAGGUACAGGUCCUAAAACAUUCACACUGCUCUAUGCUAUCACAACAGAUGGAUGUAAUGCUACAACCUUCCAUCAGAAAUGUGACAACCAGGGAGCUACAGUCACGGUGCUGUAUAAUCCCCAGGGAUCGGUGUAUGGUGGAUAUGCUCCUGUCAGCUGGACCAGUAGCGGUACAUGGAUCAAUAACAACGCUGCUUUCCUGUAUCAACUGAGGUUUAACGGAAAUAAUAAAGCUACAAAGUUUACAAUAAAACCAGCAAAUUCUCAGUACACACUGCACGACGGUCAAAACUACGGUCCACUUUUCGGUGGUGGUAAUGACCUCCGCACCUUUGAAGGUACAGUAAACAGCUCUGGUACAUACUUUACCCUGAACGGCUAUAUGAAUUUAGGACACACCUACGACAAUCAGGGUAUCACAAAAGACCAGAUCAACAACGGUAACAUGAACGUUACUGAACUCGAGGUGUACAAGGUUGCAGAUGGCAAGAGACAGAAAACAGUGGAGAAAGAAUGCAGUAAACCAUGGCGAAAGACGCGAGAUUGGAACGAGCAAUUUUUAAACGAACUUACUGAAGACAUUGUAGCGUUCAAACCACUUCCGGACUUAAAGGUGACAGAUGCCCGGAUCUUGAUAAUCGGUCCUGUUGGGGCUGGGAAGUCAAGUUUCUACAAUACUAUCAACUCUGUAUUCCGGGGCCGCAUCACACAGAAAGCAUGUAGUGGUAGCGCGGAGCAGAGUCUUACAACAGCUUACACACCUUACAAGGUGAAAGUGAAAUCUGGCGCGCCACUGAACUUCCGGUUGUGUGAUACACGUGGUCUAGAGGAGUCACAAGGUUUAGAUGUUCUCGAGUGUAACUAUCUUUUGGAUGGUAACAUUCCCAAUUACUACCAGUUCAACCCGACCACACUGAUUUCUCCGAAAACCCCCGGUUUCAAGGCCAGUCCUACUACCAAUGAUGUUAUACACUGUGCGGUGUUCGUGCUGGACGCUACCACCCUCGAGGUUCUGUCAACGAAAAUCAUAGAAAAAAUGAAAGGCUUUCAAAACUUGAUGAAUCAGAAAGGAAUUCCACAGAUCAUACUACUCACUAAGAUAGACAAACUCUGUAACAAUGUCGAGAAAGAUGUUUCGUUGGUCUUUAAGAGUCCGGAAGUGGAACAGCACGUAGAAAAGGCCUCGCAACUUCUCGGACUACCACGUGCUAAUGUACUUCCGGUGAAGAACUACGAGAAUGAGAAUGAACUUGACGACAACAUAAGCAUCCUGGCAUUAUUGGCACUUCGCCAAAUUUUAUACUUUGCCGAAGAUUUUCUAGAUCAUAUGUUGGAUAAAAAGAACGAUGAACAGUCAGAAAUGGAAAAACUGAAGCUUGAAAACUAAGUAACAAAGACUUUAAAACUUGGGGAAUUAUAAAUAUGCAAACUCAUAAUCAGAAAUUAAAGCAAGCUUUGGACAUAACUGACAAGUACAAUUAAGACUUGAUUAUGAAGACAUAUAAUACGUUUACAUGGCUGCGCCGGAGUAUUUUUAUUAUAUUAUCGAGCAGCGUUUGUGUAUAAAAAAAAAACAAUGCUUAAUAGAGAUGUUAUUUCUGAAUACUAUGACCAGAGUUACUAGUAAAUGGACAAAUCUAGUGCCACUUUACACUGUGUGUUCCAUGUUUACAUAAAGGAUUUGUCCAUCUACUAGAAUUGCUUUUGUCCAAAAGGAAUCAGGUAGUGAUCGGAGAAUAGUGGUUAAAACAGUUUUUCUCUAAAG